UCCGGCUUCCACGCCACGCCCGGCUUCGUCGCCCCCGGGACGCCCACGCCGCCCGCCGCGCUGCGAUCGCCCGGGCUGAGGACUAUGCCGUGCCGGCGGGAGGCGGAGGAGGACGCGGGCGACGAGGCGGAGGCGGAGGAGGAGGAGGAGGAGGACGGCGACGGCGACAGCUUCCUCCUGCUGCAGCAGUCGGUGACGCUGGGCGGCUCGGGCGACGUGGACCGGCUGGUGGCCCGCAUCGGAGAGACGCUGCAGCUGGACGCGGCGGCGCACGACCGCCCCGAGCCGCCCCGCGCGCCCCCGGCGGACAAGGCCCGGCCCCCGGCGCUGCCCUGGCCGCCGCCGCCGCCCGCACUCGCGCCCGCGCCCGCCCAGCCCCGGGACCCGGCUGCCUUCGGGGCCUGGCGCUGCGCCCUCGGGGAGCGCGGCCGCGUGCGUGGCCGGGCUGCGCCCUACUUCGUGGCCGAGCAGCUCCCCGCCUCCGGCCCCGGCGCGCUGCCCGGCCCUUGCCGGCGCGGCUGGCUGCGGGAUGCCGUCUCCUCCCGCCGCCUGCAGCCGCGCCGCUGGCCCCCGGCCGGGCCGCACGCCGGCGAGGACGACCCGCACCGGCUCCUGCAGCAGCUCGUGCUCUCGGGCAACCUCAUCAAGGAGGCCGUGCGGAGGCUCCAGCGAGCCGUGGCCGCCGUGGCUGCGCCCGGGAACGGCCGCGCCGGCCCGGAUCCGGUGGCUCUGCAGCCCUCCGGCGCUUGGCACUGACCCGCGGCCCCAAGGGGAGGUCGACGAGGAAGAGGAGGCCGGGACGACCCGACGCUGAAGCCAUCGCCGCCGCCGACCCGCGCGCGGGCACCU